UUGCACCCUGAGCCUCUUGAAUACUUUCAGCUAGAACGCUCCCACAACUCUCCAUUAAAAAAAAAGAAAUAAAUGAGAAGCACCACUCGGAUUUCAGGAUAUUAUAGACAUUUUCUGUUAAAGGAAUGUGAGAUCUAUUCAAUAUUCCCAUCUAAAUCCUUGUCUAUUUCAACAAGAGGUCUUUGGUAAUAAAUGAAUAUCUCUUUAGCCUGUUUAGAGGGCUGGAAUACACGCUGAAAAAAUGUUGUGUAGACCAGCGCACUAAGGCACUUGAUCACAUGCAGCAGAAAGGAACACAUGGAGGACAGCUGACUGGACUACAAAGGGGUAUUUGGGCUUGGCCAUGGAAUCGAUAUGGUUGUUGCUGCUGUUGUCAAUUUACAUGUUUCCAGUGGGUGCACAGUUUAAUGGAUACAACUGUGAUGCAAGUCAACAUAGCAGGUUUCCAGCGGAAAGAGAUAUCAGUGUCUACUGCGGUGUACAGACAAUUACAAUGAAGAUAAACUUUUGCACAGUUCUCUUUUCUGGCUAUUCGGAAACAGACUUAUCACUUAAUGGGAAACAUGGAGAUGCUCAUUGCAGAGGUUUCAUAAACAACAAUACCUUUCCUGCAGUGGUCAUUUUUACCAUCAGCCUCAGCACCUUGGAAUCUUGUGCAAAUAACCUAGUGGUGUCAUCUGUACCUGGAGUCAAUGUUUAUGGAAAUGCAUCAAUGGUACAAAUAGGAAAUAUUUCAGGAUAUAUAGACACGCCAGACCCUCCGACAAUUAUUAGCUAUUUGCCUGGACUUUUGUACAAGUUUAGCUGCAGUUAUCCUUUGGAGUACUUGGUCAACAAUACUCAGCUUGCUUCAUCUUCAGCUGCUAUUUCUGUGAAAGAUGGGAAUGGUACAUUCAUCAGCACAUUGAAUUUACUUCUGUAUAAUGAUUCAACCUACAGAGAGCAAUUGCUAGUUCCAAGCACUGGAUUGCCAUUGAAGACAAAAAUAUAUGCAGCAGUGAGAGCAACAAACCUUGACGGACGGUGGAAUGUUUUAAUGGACUAUUGUUAUACAACUCCCUCGGGUAAUCCAAAUGAAGACAUCAGAUAUGAUCUCUUCCUUAGCUGUGAUAAAGACCCACAGACAACAAUUUUUGAAAAUGGUAAAAGUCAAAUGGGAAGAUUUUCUUUCGAAGUGUUCCGGUUCGUCAAACAUAAAAACCAGAAAAUGUCCACUGUUUUCUUGCACUGUGUAACUAAACUGUGCAGAUCAGAUGACUGCCCUUACUUAACACCUACAUGCCACAACAGAGAAAGAAGAGAUGCACAUACAAAGACUACACUUGCCCCACAAAGUCUCUCUGGAAAUGCAGUUGUAUCUGCUGGUCCCAUUAUUACAAGAAGCGAUGAAACACCCACAAACAAUUCACAGCUUGCUCAGCCACAUAGUGCGCAGUUUCAGAUGAACUCAGUAACCAGCGCACUUAUCUCAGGAGUAGUCAUCCUCGGUGUCACCAGCAUUUGUUUUUUCACAAUCUCCCUUGCACUCCUGAACAGAAAUAAGAAUAACAGUUUGGUUUUAUGCGGAGUCCGAAACCCGGCUUUCAGCUCAUGAAAAUAAAAAUUGGACUAUUUUUUAACUGUUAUUUUUAACCUCAUUAUGUACUGUAUAUGUACAGUAUGUACAGUAUCUCAUUAACAUGUUAUCAUGUCAGUUGUGUGUGUUUUAAUGUAGCAUGUGCACUAUAAUAUACUGUAUUGAUAAGCUCAAUGGAUGAAAUGCAGAUGUAACAUUCAAUUUAUAUGAAAUUUAUUGUAUGAUAUUUCCAAUGAAAAGAAAGGAUGUGUACUGCUAUCUUUUUGUGGUCUUUUUAUGUAGUUAUUAACUCACUAUAAUUAUAUAUUGGUAUGAAAGUAAUACAUUCAACAGUUAGAUUAAUGCUAUAUUAAAGGGGUUCUCCCCAGGAUUUUU